AUGGAUGCAGUGAAAAUUACUUUAUUGACUAUAACUUCCUUAGCUAUAAUUACAAACGUCAUUUCUAUUUAUAUACUUUAUAAAAAACGUGCAAAAAACAAUUACGUUAUUUUGUGUAUCAAUCUAUCUUUAAGUGAUUUAUUGCAAAGUGUUGCUGGAUAUAUACCAUCAUUUAUUCUGAAAUCGAAUUUAAAAACAGCUACAGUGUUGUGUAAGUCAUCUGCUUUUUUUAUAGCAUUUCCUUCAUAUACAACAAUUGCAACGCUUACUGCAAUUGCCUUUUCAAGAUUUUUGUUACUAAGUACACAUUGCAAUACUAACCAAGUUGAUUACAAAAAACUCUUCGUAAAAAUUGCAACAUUUUCGUGGAUUUAUGGAUUUACUUGGGCUGUUUUGCCUUUUCUAGGAUUUUCUUCUUACACACUAGAAGAUACACAUACUCGAUGUGCAAUUAAUUUUUCACCUAAAACUAAAGUUGAUAAAGCCUAUUUGAUCUUAUUGAUGGCUUUCGGCUUUUUUAUUCCUGUUAUAAUAAUUUUAACUUCGUGUUUGUUUACAGCUGAUCUAAUAAGCACAAAGUACGAAUACUUUUUUGUAACUUACGGAAAAGAAAAUGUGGAAACAAAAAGAUACAAAGAAAAGGAAAAAAAAGCGUUUUCCUCAUUUUUACUAAUGGUACUAUCGUUUAUAAUCUGUUGGACACCUUAUGCAACAAUAGGAUGCUUAUCAGCCUUUACGUCAACAGAAAUACCAAAAAUGCUUAUUGAAUUAGCAGCUCUGUUUGCAAAGUUAGCUGCUUUAGUGAACCCUUUUAUUUAUUUCUGGAAGGAUUCUUUAUUAAAAAAAGUUUUUAAAAACAAAAUGUCGCAAGUAAAAGGUUUACCUAAAAUGAUUAGUAAAGAAACUAAAUAACAAUGUUCACGGCUACUACUAAUAUACUGCUUUACAACCAGGUAUAUUGAAAAAUAGUUUUGUUUUUGCCACGAGAAAUUUUAUUGUCUAAUAUUUCUAAAAAGUGAAAAUGUAUUAAAGAGGUUCUGGAUGUAUAAUCAGUUAUUUAAAAGUUA